AUGGCCGGUGGUAACCCCAAGCAUUUCAAUCUCCAAGAUGACCCUUUCGAGUUGUUCCUGCUCGGAGAGGGCGAGAAGAAGAUAGAGGAAAAGGUCUUCUCAGGAAUGUCCAAUACUUCCGAUUUUGUCCUCAUGAAAGAAGACCACACUCUUGGAAACCUUCUCUCCGAGCACCUAAAGAUGCACCCCAAUGUCUACAUGGCUGGGUAUAAGAUUGCUCAUCCCAAUGUUCCUGAGCUUUUCAUACGAGUUCAAACAGAUGGAACUAUCACCCCCCGCGACGUCUUUACUUCUGUCUGUGAGAAGCUCAUUAAACAACUCGAGAUGCUGCAUCAGGAGUUCACGCGAGAGUGGGAGUUGAGACGCAUCACCAACACUGGUGAGCAGGGAAACAUGCAGAACGGCCACUGA